CCGUGAGAUCACGUGAGUUCACGUCACCGCUUCCACGGUUGGUCGGUGGCGGUGGGCCGCCGGUGCGGUGCUGCGGGCGAUGGCGACGACAGCGGCCGCCGGUGGUGGAGGGACGAAGAACGGCGAAUGGGGAAACUUCGAGGAGGCGCUGCUGCAGGGCAGCAGCUCAGCAGUGAUUGACAUGGAGAACAUGGAUGACACGUCUGGCUCCAGUUUUGAGGAUAUGGGAGAGAUGCACCAGCAAAUGAAGGACGAAGAUGAUGUGGGUGAGGAACCUGUGACCACAGAGCAGGAGGAUGCUGCAUUCCUUGGUAUGAAGGGAUUGAAAGGACAGCUGGGCAGAGAAGUAGCAGAUCAGGUGUGGAGCCAGGUGUGGCAAGCAAGCAAGAUUCAGGCAUCAAAGGCAUUCAAUCUAUACGGUAAUAUUGAUAUACUCAGACCAUACUUUGAUGUUGAGCCCAUCCAAGUGAGGAACAGAUUGGUGGAGUCUCUAAUUCCAGUCCGGAUGAUCACUUUCCCUCAGAAAGUUGCAGGCGAGUUGUAUGGCCCUUUAAUGUUGGUUUUCACUCUGGUGGCCAUUCUUUUGCAUGGAAUGAAGACGUCUGGAACAGUAAUCAGAGAAGGCACGCUGAUGGGCACUGCAAUUGGAACCUGCUUUGGCUACUGGCUGGGUGUCUCCUCAUUUGUCUACUUCCUUGGCUAUUUGUGCAAUGCCCAGAUCACGAUGGUACAGAUGCUGUCACUGGUGGGUUAUGGUUUGUUUGGACCUUGCAUUGUAUUGAUUGUCACCUACAACGUACAUCUUCAUUCUCUUUUCUACCUGUUAUGGCUUAUCAUUGGAGGGCUGUCCACCCUCAGGAUGGUGGCUGUGAUGCUCUCCCGCACAGUUGGACAAACUCAGCGGCUCACUGUUUGUGGGGUGCUCGCUGUUCUGCACAUGGUUUUCCUGCUUUACCUGCACUUUGCAUAUCACCGGAUUGUGGAAGGUAUCCUGGAUACUUUGGAGGGAGUGAAUGCUGGUCCAAUGAGAUUCCCCCGAGACGUCUCAGCACUUUCUGUGACUGUACCAAACAGCACAGUGAGAUUGAUUGGUGCCAGCCUACAGAUGCAUUGACUAUGAGUAAUCUUGGGAUUUCUGUUUCCUUCUUGCCUUCAGAGAUCUGAGGGUACUGCAUACAGACCGUGCAGGGUGGCGGGUACUGAGGGGAAGUGCUUGUACUCUGCUGUAGACAGCCAUACAUGCAGAAUAAACUGCUUCAUCUUACUAGUAGGGAUGGGGCUGUGGUUCAAAACUUCCCCACGUCAACAAAUCAAGACAACUAUAUAUAAUUCAGCAUUACUUUAAAAAAUACAUAUAUAUGUGAUU